CUCCUCAGUUCAGCCUAUAUAAGGCUCCUAGUCUGCGAUCCCGGUACACGCGCUACAACUUCGGUUGGUGUGUGUCGAAGAAUCCUGACUGCGACCUGAGAGAACAGCGGAGAGGGUCCACCGAGCCUCGCGAAAGGUCCGCUGAGCGGGCUCGCGGCCGGAGCCACUCCGGGCUGCGGAGCACCCAGCGGAACCCACGCCUGGCACAGGUGUGGGACCCCGUCCUUCCUGUCUUCGCAGAGGAGUCCACGCGUGAAACAAAAAGCUUUUGAAAACAAAAAGAAGAAAGAGUGGAAGAGGAGGCCAGGAUCCAGGCCUUCAUCCCCACAGGAGUGAAGCUACAUUUGGGAGGUCCCCUCCCAUCCCGGCUCUCACCCUGGGGCCCGACUGCCCUCCUCCUCCUCCUCCUCCUCCCCCCAACGCUCCUUCUUCUUCCUCCUCUCACAGCGGCCCCAGGGGCCAGUACAUUCCCAACCUGGCUGAACACCGGCGGGACGAUCUCUCCGAAGAGAUCAACAACCUCAGAGAGAAAGUCAUGAGGCAGUCGGAGGAGAACAACAACCUGCAGAACCAGGUGCAGAAGCUCACCGAGGAGAACUGCAACCUUCGUGAGCAAGUGGAGCCCACCCCCCAGGAUGACGAGGAUGACCUCGAGCUCCGCGGUGCUGCAGCCGCUGCUCCCCCACCCAUUCUCAUAGAGGAAGAGUGCCCUGAAGACCUUCCUGAGAAGUUUGAUGGCAACCCAGACAUGCUGGUUCCUUUCAUAUCCCAGUGCCAGCUCUUUAUGGAAAGGAGCACCAGAGAUUUCUCAGCUGAUCGUGUCCGCGUCUGCUUCGUGACAAGCAUGAUGACCGGCCGUGCUGCCCGCUGGGCCUCUGCAAAGCUGGAGCGAGCCCACUACCUGAUGCACAACUACCCAGCCUUCAUGACUGAGAUGAAGCAUGUCUUUGAAGACCCUCAGAGGCGAGAGGCUGCCAAACGCAAGAUCAGACGUCUGCGCCAAGGCAUGGGGUCAGUCAUCGACUAUUCCAACGCUUUCCAGAUGAUUGCCCAGGACCUGGAUUGGAACGAGCCUGCGCUGAUUGACCAGUACUACGAGGGCCUCAGUGACCACAUUCAGGCGGAGCUCUCACGCGUCGAAGCCCCCAAGUCACUGUCCGCACUGAUUGGUCAGUGCAUCCACAUCGAGAGAAGGCUGGCCAGGGCAGCGGCAGCCCGCAAGCCACGCUCCCCACCACGCGCUCUGGUGUUGCCUCACAUCGGCCACCACCAGGUGGAUCCUACUGAGCCUGUAGGAGGCGCCCGCAUGCGCCUGACCCAGGAAGAAAAGGAAAGACGCAGAAAGCUGAACCUCUGCCUCUACUGUGGAAACGGAGGCCACUACGCCGACAACUGUCCUGCCAAGGCCUCGAAGGCUUCGCCGGCGGGAAACUCCCCGGCCCCGCUGUAGAGGGACCUUCAGCGACCGGGCCAGAAAUAAUAAGGUCCCCACCAGAUGAUGCUUCAUCUCACUUGCAAGUAAUGCUCCAGGUUCAUCUUCCGGGCAGACACACCCUGUUCGUCCGAGCCAUGAUUGAUUCUGGUGCCUCUGGCAACUUCAUUGAUCAUGAAUACGUUGCCCAGAAUGCAAUUCCUCUAAGGGUCAAGGACUGGCCAAUACUGGUAGAGGCGAUUGAUGGACGUCCCAUAGCAUCAGGUCCAGUUGUCCAUGAGACGCAUGACCUGGUCGUCGACUUGGGAGAUCACCGUGAAGUGCUGUCAUUUGAUGUGACUCAGUCUCCAUUCUUCCCCAUCGUCUUAGGGGUUCGCUGGCUGAGCACACAUGAUCCCAACAUCACCUGGAGCACCCGCUCAAUCGUCUUUGAUUCUGAAUACUGCCGAUACCACUGCCGGAUGUAUUCUCCAAUACCGCCAACUCUCCCACCACCAGCACAGCCGUCUUUUUACUACCCAGUCGACGGAUACAGAGUUUACCAACCGGUGAGGUAUUACUAUGUCCAGAAUGUGUACACUCCAGUAGAUGAAAACGUCUACCCAGAUAAUCGCGUGGUGGACCCUAACAUAGAAAUGAUACCUGGAGCACACAGCAUUCCCAGCGGACACGUGUACUCACUGUCUGAACCUGAAAUGGCAGCUCUGCGGGAUUUUGUGGCCAGAAAUGUGAAAGAUGGGCUAAUUACUCCAACAAUCGCACCUAACGGAGCUCAAGUUCUCCAAGUGAAAAGGGGGUGGAAACUACAAGUUUCUUACGACUGCCGAGCUCCCAACAGUUUCACCAUCCAGAAUCAGUACCCUCGACUCUCUAUUCCAAAUUUGGAUGACCAAGCUCACCUGGCGUCGUACACUGAAUACGUACCUCAAAUGCCUGGAUACCAAACGUACCCCACAUAUGCCACGUACCCGACCUACCCAGUCGGAUUCGCCUGGUACCCAGUGGGACGAGAUGGACAUGGACGCUCGCUCUAUGUCCCUGUGAUGAUCACCUGGAAUCCACAUUGGUACCGCCAGCCUCCGGUCCCCCAGUAUCCACCUCCGCAGCCGCCGCCGCCACCGCCGCCGCCGCCACCACCGCCAUCCUACAGCACCAUGUAAAUGCUGUCAUGUCCCUCAGGAUCUCUGCCCUCGUUUUAUUCCUGUUCAGCUUCUCAAUCAGUGACUGUGUGCUAAGUUGAGCUCCUGCAUCUUCAGGCCAACGGCCAACCUGAGGCGGUCCUCUCUGAAAGGCUAGAGAAGGUCAGGGCAACCCUGGACUGGCGCACAUCCUAAAAGCACCAAAAGCUCACCAUUUUCUGGGAGCGACAGAAUAUUCACCAACAAAUUAUCUCUCAGUUUUCCACCUCGACUGCCAAUCUAACUAAAUUUCCUAAGUUUACUUCCCACUGAAUCCUGGAAACCUCAACUAACAUUUACAGAGAAGCUGAUGCAAACACAGGAAAUGCUGAUGUCUUUGUGGAGGGGGAGACGAGGAGGAGGAGGACAUGACUUUUCUUGCAAGUUUCGGUACCCUCUUUACAUCGUUGGAGGACCGAGGCCUUAUUAAGGAAGCCACAAUUAUUGGUGCAGUGUGAAACGGCUUCCGUGAUCUUUUUGCUGCACCCUUAGAAACUUCAUCAUCUUCAUACUUUCAUGGUUCUGUUAAUUCUCAAGGAGCAGCAACUUGACCGGUUCUCCCAGGAGCAGGCAAAAUUCCUGCAACAGAAACACCUCAGGCCUGAGAAGGAAGUGCCCUCUCAGACGGACUCUUGCAUGUUGAGUGUGCCUUCACAUCCUGGUGCAAAUCACAUGUACCCAAGAACUCUGGCUUUUUCACAACACCUUACCAUCAUCAUGCCAGCAAUGGCUUCUUUCGAAAUGUUAAGCUGGUAACCAGAGACUGUUGGUGGCUCCAGGUGUGUUGGAUGUUUGUAAAAUGUAACCACCUCUCAAUUUUAUCUGAGGGCUAAUGAGCAGCAAAUCAAAAGGACUCUGAAAUCUUGUACCCAACUCUUUAAAAAGGGACUCUGAGUUAACGUUUCCAACUUGUUUUAGAAAGAAUGUUCAUGAGUGUUGUUAUUUGGCUGGAAGAAGAACACCGGAAGUCUUGGGAACAUCUAUCCACGUCUCUGCCUCCGUAUGCAUAUGGGCAUUUUCAUCAUCAGUCCCCUCACUAAACUGUAACAUCAGGAUGCUCAGAGAGGGGAAAUGAUUUUAGUACUCACACCCACGCUUCUAUGCCUGGGAGGGAUGUCUUUGAAGAAGAGAAAUUGGGGCACUGGACGCUGUCUGGAGGAUAUGGACUUCUUUAGUGAGCUUCAGAUCCAGCUGUCAGUGAAUGAAAGGCCUCAGAAAGCAACUCAGAUGAUUCAAUCCAGUGACAUCGGCUGAUGUCUCCUGGAUACUUUGUGCUAACCUGGGACUGCCUGACUUCCUUUAGCCUGGUCCCUUGCUACUACCUUGAACUGUUUGUCUAACCUCUCUCUUUUUGUUUAAUUCUUUACUGUUGCCAUUAACCCUGUUGCAGGAUUUGUGUCAUCCUAUCCGCCUGAUUGCUGAGACUCCAUUUUACUGCCUGCCAUACAUGGAGAAGACAGAGGCAGGCUUCAAAGAAUGUGUUUCAACACAUGGUCUCCAAUUGCCAAAACACAGUUUAAGCAGUAGAAAACAACAUGGUUGCCUAUCAGGAAGAGGAGUCUAACGGUGAAGUUCCAUUUUUCAUCAAUAUCAUCUUUCACAUGUUCACUACCAUCCACCCUUAUACUUGCAUGUUUAAAUACUUACAUGUUUUAGCUGUAGAUUAGCUGUGUCCUUAGCAAUGUCGUAAAGUGGUGACUGCUCAAAAAUUAUUUCCAUUGAAUUACAAAAUAUUAUCCAAUUCUUGUUGUGUUAGAGUUAAGGUAAUUGAUAAGUAACGUAGUAUAAAAUAUUUCUUUACUGUGAACUCUUACAACACUGUGAAUGAGAGGCUCCUCAGAACUGGAGUUUUGUAUAAUAGUUCAUCUUGUUCAUCUUCAAUCUUUUAUUUUAAUAUCAUAUAUAAUUUCAGUUUUAUCGAUUAGGCCUUUAGAAAGCACAGAAAAGAUACAAAUUCAAAAAAGAUACUUAAUUGGCUAGUUAAUCCAAAACAAGCUUCUUUUUCUUUUUCUUUUUCAUUGGAAUCAGAAAACUUGUCAGUCACUCAUGUGUUUUAGAGUACGUGAUUACUUUUAAAAUGGUGCAUUUGUGCUUCUGGACUAUUUUGAAGCGUCACUUCAGUUUACCUCAGAUAUCAAUCCAUCCUCCAUACAUUUGAAUUCAAGUUGUAUUGUGUCAAAUUUACAGUUGUCAAUUGAUCUUCAAGCUACAGAGGGCCUAGAAAUGGGUCGUUGUCUGCAGCCCUGGCAUGUGCACACGGACAUUUGCCAUCACCGCAAGCAAAAGUCUGGAGAUGUUGGCCAUUGACAGCAACAGUCAGGAAGAGUGUGGUGGUGUGGGUUAACAACUCGCAGAGGAAGUCUCUGACAUGCAUUUGGCUGUUUAUGUAAAGCUAUUGAAAAACGUAUGGCAGUGUGUACUAUGCUCUCUUGCUAUAUAUACUAUCUAUAAAUGUAGGUUUUAAGGAUAAGUAAUCUCAAAUAUAUUGUUCUAUAGUAUCAGAAUUUUAUUAAGUUUCCUUUCACUCAAUUGAUUUAUUUUGUUGUUAUCAAUCAAAUUUAUGUUAAUUGGAUACUUCACAUUAUUUGGCAUUUUCCAACAAAAACUCCUUUAUUUGUAAGAAAGGAAAGAGCAAAGGAAUUAAAUCUCUAUCCAAAGAAGUUAGAAAGGGAGCAAAAUAAAGCUAUAAAGGAGAUAAAUAAAGCAACAUCAGAAUUAUUAAAGCCAAUAGUCACCCCUUUGAAGCAAAUUGGCAAAAUUGAUUGACUUUUGGCUCAAAUAUGCAGUGCGAAUUUAAAAAUCAAGGAAGAAGAAGAUAUGAGCUCCCGUUGUCAGGCAAGCCUGAAGAAAACUAGCUAAGGUCAUCAUGCUAGGAUAUUGAAAUGGAAGAAGUUUAUGUACAUUUCUGAAGGGUCAGUUUAGUUUGAAUAAUGAGGUAUUUGUAUUAGAUAUUGGAAAAAUGAAGAAUUAGUUUGAUUAAAUCAUGUGAGGUAGCACAGUAAACUGGUAGGUGCGUAAAGUAAGAGAGGCACAUCUAUAUAGUGCAGUCUGGAUUUCUGUUUAAGUUUGCAGGUACCUCUUAGACUUCUGAAUUGAUCCAGGUGUCAUCUACCACAGACAUCUAACAUCAGAACGAAUUCCAAGACUGGCAACAGAGAACAUUGCUGGGAAGACCUGGGCAGAAAUGACAGACCACCUGCAGAGGUGAAGAGUCCAGUGGGAACAACACAUGUUCAUCUUGGGACCGAAAGUUCUUUGUUGUUUCAGAUUGUAGAAUGCUAUUGAAUUGGUCUGUGGAAAAUUAUAUUGUUUUUAUUUCUUUGCAUAAUCAUUUAAAUAAUCAAUUAAGUAAUAGGGGAUAUAUAUAAUCAUAAGUAUUUUAGGGUAGAAGGGAUUAUUAUGUAAUCAUAAGUGGGUGGGGUUAAACAGCAUGAUUAUGUAUUAGGUAUCUCUAUAAGUAGACACGUGUACUUGUGAUUCUUUACCCUGUGAUUGCUACCCUUAAAGAUUGCAAAUAAACUCGGAGGGAACUGCAGGGAGAUCAGCCUAUUUAGGGCGAAUUGGACAUGGAUAAAACCCUAAUGGGAGAAAGUUCAAAGGUGAUUAGAUAGAUAAUUUAAUAGACGUUCUUUGCCCUGGGUAUUAACUCCAGAGAUUAAGAGUGUGAGCAAAGCUUUUAGAGAGUUAUAGGAUGGAUAGAUACCCUUUGAGAAAUUGUCACUGGAAUGAAGUUGAUAAUGAUGGAUGGUAAAUAUUCAUGGAAUUCAUACAAGAGUGAUGAAUAAGAACGCUUGCUCCCAUCAGUAGCCCUCCUCUUUACCCCUACCUCUUCUCCCUACUCCUGCACUUACCUACCUCUCCCACCUCCCUACCCUUCCCCAUUUUAUUGCUGUAUUCUCUUUAUAUAUCUCUCAAUUUACUAAUACUGCAUUGAUGUUAUAAUUUCAAUUAAUAAAGAUUUAGUGGUUAAGUGCAAA